AUUUUACGGCCGGACUGCGUCUGGUCGAGGUGCGCAUACCAAACUAUGUGAUUAAGGGCGCCACCGCCCAGCUGGAGUGCCUGUACGAUUUGGAUGGCGAGGCGCUCUACUCGGUCAAAUGGUACAAGGAUGGCAAUGAGUUUUACCGCUAUGUGCCCAGGGAUAAUCCGCCGGCGCAAACAUUUCGCCUGCCAGGUGUUGCUGUUGAUUUGCACAACUCGAGCGAUGCGAUUGUUAACCUGCACAACGUCAAUCUGCAGUCGGCUGGCCGCUUCCGCUGCGAGGUAUCCGGCGAGGCGCCAUCCUUCCAAACGGUCACCGAGCAUGGCGACAUGGUUGUUGUGUCUCUGCCCGAUCAGGGACCGCCGAAAAUAAUUGGAGGACGUCCGCGUUACCAAAUCGGCGACUGGGUGCGCAUCAACUGCACCGCCGGCCGCUCCAAGCCGGCCGUCAAUCUCACCUGGUAUGUGAACGGUGAGCCGGCCGAGCCGCAGAAGCUACGCAAAUACGAGACGAUUGUGUCGGGCCGCGAGGGCCUCGAGACCUCGGUGCUGGGCUUGCAGUUUCGCGUGGAACAACAUCAUUUUCGCAAUGGCGACAUGAAGCUGAAGUGCGUGGCUGCUCUCUCGUCGUUCUACUGGCGCAGCAACGAGGAGUCCGUGGAGGGCGAUCGGCCGCAGAAGGCGCCGGUCCUGGAGUCGCGAGAGAGCGACAGCGCCUUCGCCAGCAACUCGCGCGCCGAUCCGGUGCAAGGUAUGUCAUACCGGGAAAUAUUUGUUACCAAAAUCUUAUCGCUUUUUCUUCAACCAAAUGCAGCCAGCAAUACGGACUCGCUACUAAUGGCCCGGGCGCCCAAUGCCCUGCUGCUGCUGGCGCUGGCCCUGGCUGCCACCUUAGCGGGCGGCAGCCUCCACUCCAACUGGCCGGCGUUCAGGCACAGCAGCAAGGCUGGGUUCGGUCCGCGGGUCCGCGUGCAUCGAGCUUCGAUAAAUGUUGUUAGGCCAGAGCAAGAGCAAGGCAAUGAUAAGCCCAAUGAUAAGCUCAGAGCGCAGUUCAUUCAUGUUGAGCAAACGCUUCAAGAUUCUCUCUCAGCAGCGCAGCGUCGGCAGCUGUUGCUGACUGCGCGGUAGCUGCAUUAAGUUAGCCUUGCCUAUGCCCCGCCCAUUUUUUCCACUGAAUUUUCCGUCUUCGCUUCGCAGAAAAUGAAAAUCAAAAGCAUAAAAAAAUCUUUUAAAAAAAAAAAAAU